AUGGAAGCCACAUUUCUCUUGCUGGAGAUUCAUUUCUUUUUGAGGAGGCCCGUUCGUUCCGCUGUUCCACUUCAUGUGAAGCAGCAUCCAGAAGAACGAGUUAUGAAGGAAAAAUCCCCGUCCCAAGUAGUCCUUGUUGCAGUGGAUCCAGGAUCCUCCGCUCCGGUUUCGGAAGCAAGUGACGCCUACACCAUUGCUGCAUCUCCCAUCUUUGGUUACCUGGGUUCUUCAACUAGAAAGUCCUCAAUUGAUGGUGACCUCAAGUUGCCUUUUAUCUCGGAUAAACUAGAAUCUAUCAAGAGCCUUCGGAGACAUCUUCCUGGUUCAGUUAGAGACGAGGACCUCUCGUUUCAGCAUAACGGAGGGUGCAGCGUAACGCAGACAGUCUUCAAUGGUAUUAACGCGCUCGCUGGUGUUGGCCUUCUUUCCACUCCGUUUACAAUCCAUGAAGCUGGAUGGUCUGGUCUUGCACUUCUGUCUUUUGUUGCAAUUAUUUGUUGUUAUACUGGAGUUCUUCUCAAGCAUUGCUUUGAGAGCAAAGAUGGCAUUACAAACUAUCCAGACAUUGGGGAGGCUGCCUUUGGAAGAAUUGGCCGUCUGUUCAUAUCUAUUAUUUUGUAUACCGAGUUAUAUUCUUAUUGUGUGGAAUUCAUUAUUUUGGAAGGUGAUAGUAUGACAUCAAUCUUUCCUGGCGUUAAUCUUAAUUUCUUAGGGAUUUAUGUUGACAGUAAACAUUUCUUUGGAGUGUUCACUACUCUUGUAAUCCUGCCCACAGUAUGGCUGCGAGAUCUUCGAGUUCUAUCAUACCUUUCAGCGGGCGGUAUUGUUGCAACUCUUGUAGUUUUUGUAUCUGUUGCUCUAGUCGGCACCACUGAAGGUGUAGGUUUCCAUCCGACUGGGGAAGCAGUGAGGUGGAGUGGUAUGCCCUUUGCUAUCGGUAUUUAUGGUUUUUGCUACUCUGGGCAUUCAGUGUUUCCAAAUAUCUACCAAUCAAUGUCUGAUCGCACAAAAUUCACCAAGGCACUUUUUAUAUGCUUCGCAAUUUGCACAGUAAUAUAUGGCUCAUUUGCUAUUAUGGGCUAUCUCAUGUUUGGUGACAAGACACUGUCACAAAUAACAUUGAAUCUUCCAAAAGAGUCAUUUGCCUCGAAAGUUGCUAUGUGGACCACGGUGAUCAACCCUUUCACUAAAUUUGCCUUAUUUUUAAACCCAUUGGCUCGGAGUUUAGAAGACUUGCGCCCUGAAGGAUUUUUGAAUGAAACAAUCUGCUCCGUUAUACUGAGGACUGCCCUUGUUGCGUCAACGGCUGUCAUUGCCUUUCUUUUUCCAUUCUUCGGUCUGAUGAUGGCUCUGAUUGGAUCCCUUCUUAGUACACUUGUGGCAGUCAUAAUGCCCGCCUUGUGCUUCCUGAAGAUCGCGCAGAAUAAAGCCACACGUCCUCAGGUGAUUGCGAGCGUCUCUAUAAUAGUGGUCGGAGUCGUCAGUGCCGCCCUCGGAACCUACUCCUCAGUGGCCCGCAUAAUCGGACACUAUUGA